CGUACCGCGGCGGUUGGUCCUGCCGUUUCGUGUGCGCCUCGUUUUACCGUUACACGUGUUUGUGUGUAUUUACAUGUCCCGGACUAGAGUCCGCUUACCGAUUGUGAAUUGUUGUUUUUUUUGUGUUGGUCCAGUGAUAUUUGGCUACCAAUGUCUACGGUUGACGCACAAGUGCACAGCCCGAUCGAGGGCCACGAAGUGGUGCACGGGACUGGCCCUGGAACGACCACCAUUCUGCAGCUCGCCAUAACCGCGCUGCACCUCAGCAAAACUACUGUUCCCGAUGGCAACAGCAUCGACCACCUGCAGAGACCGCGAAAGCAGAUAACCCUGCGCGAGGUCGCUUAUCACGACUCGUACGAAGACUGCUGGAUAGUUUGCUUCGAUCGAGUUUACGAUAUCACGACGUUUCUCAGUAUGCAUCCUGGUGGACAUGACGUGCUUGUGGAGAAUGCGGGGCGCGACGCAACCAUCGCCUUCCUUAAUGCCGGUCACUCCAAGAUGGCACUGAAAUCCCUGAAGCUGUACGAAAUCGGCGAGCUUCCACCUGACGAGCGGAUCUAUCGCUACCCCGGAAAACUAACGCUGGCCAACCUUCCUGAUUGAAGCAUUACAUGGCAGCCUUGCCUUGUGUUUCGGCUCAGCUAUCAACGUACGGUGCACCUACUGGUCACUACCAAUAACCAACCAACCACCAAGAACCAUGUCUACGUGCGGGAGAAGUUGUGACCCUCCGCACACCCUCACCCAUCACUCUAUUUAUUACACAUUAUCGAGCACGAUGGUACGAGAGCUUUAAUUUAAGCAUAGAUGACACAGUAUUGUAACGCAGGCGAUCCGUGAAACGCCCAUUUGCAGUCUAAACGUAAUCGUAAGGUGCCCUCCAAAAGUAUAUUUACCACACACGGACAGUGACGGUGCCGCGAUAACGACACUUCCACGUUCCCCAUACCUAACGCACACGGUUAAUGCUCGGGUUUAGUGGUCCUGUCCAAUAAAAAUCAAUAUUUCACAAAUUAUCUCCCACUACCACAAUUUCCAGCAAUUGCGGUAUCAUCAUAGGUCAGCUACGAGCGCGGUACACUAGCACUUGGCCACAAUAAGCACCGUGUUGGAGCAGCUAACGCAGUUAAUCAAGAAGAAGAGUCUGCCUGAUUAACCGUUUCCUGUGCUAGGCUUGUGAUAAGGGUAUAGUUAAUUUUUGGAGGUAGCUAAGAAACCAGCAUUCCAACGUCGCCAAAUCCACAGAGGGACGUUGGAAUCCCGCAAUUGCUUUGAGCAAUUCCUUCUACACAGUUCCAUAGAAGACUCGUGACCAAGACACAUUUGGUUUUAAUUUGUGUAUUUUUUUAUUUAUUCGAACAUUUAUUGUAUUGUU